AAAUAAAAACCCCGCACCACCCCGGCGGGUUCUAACUCGUAGGGCUGCGCGCCCACUGGCGUCGGGACUGCAAUCCACCGCUCGCGCCUCAAUUCCGGGGGCUUAAAUUAGCAGGGGCGGGGUCGGCAGCGCCGGGGCGGAGCCUGAGUGUGCGAGAGCGGCGACGGCUGCGGCCAGGACCCAGACAUCUGGGACUGUUGUUCUCCUCGGGCGGGAUCGCCACAGUCUCUUCGCCCAGAGACCUGGCGUUGAUCUGGUGGGGAACGGAUGGCCGUAUCGCCCCUCUUUGCCGCUUCCUCAAAGCUGCGACGGGAGCUGGCGCUAACACUCUGCGGUUGGUGUCCGAUGCCCUUCUGUGAGGAGGGGGCAUCGGGACCCUGGUGAGCGCACGUCAGUCCCCUGCUCCCCGCAGCUCGGCGUCUUCACGGGCUCCCCAGACCCGCACGUCCCAAUCUACCAUGGCUGAAAACGCGGAGGGGGACCUGAACUCCAACCUGCUCCACGCCCCCUACCGCACCGGGGACCCUCAGCUAGACACGGCCAUCGGGCAGUGGCUCCGUUGGGAUAAGAAUCCUAAAACAAAAGAGCAAAUUGAAAAUCUCUUACGGAAUGGGAUGAACAAGGAGCUACGAGAUCGUCUUUGUUGCCGGAUGACUUUUGGGACUGCAGGACUUCGUUCUGCUAUGGGGGCAGGAUUUUGCUAUAUUAAUGAUUUGACAGUAAUACAGUCAACACAGGGGAUGUACAAAUACCUUGAAAGAUGUUUCUCAGACUUCAAGCAGAGAGGCUUUGUUGUUGGAUAUGACACCCGGGGUCAAGUAACUAGCAGCUGUAGCAGCCAGAGACUUGCUAAACUCACGGCUGCAGUUUUACUGGCCAAAGACGUUCCUGUGUACCUUUUUUCAAGAUAUGUUCCUACACCUUUUGUACCCUAUGCAGUCCAGGAACUCAAAGCAGUUGCCGGAGUGAUGAUCACUGCCUCUCACAACCGCAAAGAAGACAAUGGAUACAAGGUUUACUGGGAAACUGGCGCACAGAUUACAUCUCCUCAUGAUAAGGAAAUUCUGAAAUGUAUAGAGGAAUGUGUGGAACCCUGGAAUGGAUCCUGGAAUGAUAACUUAGUGGACACCAGCCCACUGAAAAGAGAUCCUCUGCAGGACAUUUGUAGGAGAUACAUGGAAGAUCUGAAAAAGAUCUGUUUUCACAGGGAAUUAAACUCAAAGACCACCUUGAAAUUUGUACAUACAUCUUUCCACGGGGUUGGACAUGACUAUGUGCAGUUGGCUUUUCAAGUGUUUGGUUUUAAGCCUCCAAUUCCAGUCCCAGAGCAAAAAGAUCCAGACCCAGACUUUUCUACUGUUAAAUGUCCAAACCCUGAAGAAGGAGAAUCUGUGCUGGAACUUUCUCUGAGAUUGGCAGAGAAAGAAAAGGCCCGGGUAGUGCUAGCCACAGAUCCUGAUGCAGACCGACUGGCAGUGGCCGAGCUUCAGGAGAGUGGUCACUGGAAAGUUUUCACAGGAAAUGAGUUGGCAGCUUUGUUUGGAUGGUGGAUGUUUGAUUGCUGGAAGAAAAAUAAAUCAAUUAAUGCUGAUGUGAAGAACAUUUAUAUGUUAGCAACCACAGUCUCUUCCAAAAUUUUGAAGGCAAUUGCACUUAAAGAAGGAUUUCAUUUUGAAGAAACAUUGCCAGGUUUUAAAUGGAUUGGAAGCAGGAUAAAAGACCUCCUGAAAAAUGGGAAAGAAGUCCUUUUUGCAUUUGAAGAAUCGAUUGGUUUUCUGUGUGGAACUUCAGUUUUGGAUAAAGAUGGGGUGAGCGCAGCUGUUGUUGUUGCUGAGAUGGCAUCUUACCUGGAAACUCUGAACAUCACAUUGAAGCAGCAACUCAUUAAAGUUUAUGAAAAAUAUGGUUAUCAUAUUUCAAAAACUUCAUAUUUCUUGUGUUAUGAUCCCGCCAUCAUCAAAAGUAUAUUUGAAAGGCUUCGCAAUUUUUAUUCUCCAAAUGAAUAUCCAAAAUUUUGUGGACCAUUUGCUAUAUUACAUAUACGGGACAUUACCACUGGAUAUGACAGCAGCCAGCCUGAUAAAAAAUCAGUGCUGCCUGUGAGUAAAAGCAGCCAAAUGAUUACAUUUACUUUUCAAAAUGGCUGUGUUGCUACUCUUCGUACAAGCGGGACAGAACCAAAGAUCAAAUAUUACGCAGAGAUGUGUGCGUCACCCGGCCAAAGUGAUACUGCCUUACUAGAAGAGGAACUGAAGAAACUCAUUGAAGCUAUGAUUGAGAAUUUUCUUGAACCCAACAAAAAUGGACUGGUCUGGCGUUCUGUUUAGUGUACACCAGCCACCAUUCCUUUGCACUGGCACAUAAACCAGAAUGACUGACCUCUCCACGCUCAUGUUAGCUUGAGCUUGUGUUAGCAUUCUCGCUCUGGCUCACCUGGCCAAGUAUCUGUUCACUUUUCUUUCUUUUUGGUUGGCUAACUAAACAAACUGUAUAAAUUCAAAAUGAUGUGGUCUGGAGAGAAAUUCAACUUUUUUCAAAAUCUGGAACAAAAGUCAUUACAUUAAAAGCAUUUUAGUAAUACAACUUACUCUAACAGAAACACAGUAACAUGAGUUUUCUUAUUAAACUAUGAUAAAGCUUACUUCCACAUUCUUAUAAUUGUGUAUAGCACGGUUUUAAAAAAUUCAGGUAAAUGUCUUGUAAUUGUAGAAUUAGUUAAGGAAAUUAACCUAUAAAAUUGGCAAACAUACAAUACUCCUUCCAGAUCACUGUAGAACAGUGUCAUUGUUACAUCAGAAGUAUUAAUUUACAAAUUAGAGUAUUUGAAAUAGGGUACUUAGGGUUUCUAGGUUAGAACUGAUAUUAUGUGGUUUCUGCACCUGUUCAGGUGCUUUUGGUGCAGUGCAAAUGUAUGUAUUUAACAGUGUUUACUGAACAUCAAACAAUAGUGGCAACACUCCUGUGGGCUUUGUUCUUGUCAAAUUUCUUAGUGCCUUCUCGGGGUCUGGCAUGAAUUGAAAGUGUUCCUGAUUACUAUAAUUAAUCAGUUGAUUUUCAGACAGUAGAGGGAAAUCUUCCAAACUAUAUAUAGGUGCUUCUCCAUAUACAUCAAAUGUGUUUGCUGAUUUUUAAAUUUUUGAAUGUAAGUAAAAAUCUUAAUGAAAUCAGGCUCACUUUAACUUUAGCUAAGGAUCUUCAUGUUAGAAUCAAGCAUCACAUUUCACAGCCUUUAAGUAAAUGAAAAAAAAACUGAACUGAGAAAUGAGCUUUGAAUUUCCAUAAAAGUCCAACUUUCAAAUUUCAUUUUUCUAAGUGGAUUUAUUCCUUUAUCAGAUAAAAUAAUACUAAUUUUACUAAUAAAUAAAACAUCCAAACUUUAGAUGUUAUAAAGCUCUAAAACUACAUGUUUUAAAACUAAAGUCCAGUUUAUUCUAACAUCUUGUUGACUUAUUGUAUAGAAUUUCUGAUCACAACAGUUCUAUUUAUCUUUUCUCAUGUGGAGAAAAAAUUAGAAGAUCUCCUUGGGUUGAUUUUGCAGUCUUAGAAGUAAGACUUAAUCGACAAGUGCUAUUUAAUCUUCUUAAGCAUUGAGUUACUGUCCUAUGUAAUUCAAUGAAUACUUAACCAUGUGUGGCAUAGUUAUGGGGUCACAGUAACAUGCAUUGGGUGUAAUCAUACCAACAGAUUGCCUAAGGAAGAUAACUGGUAUUAGAACAUUUGUUUCCUAAAAAAUAAUAGUAAUAAAAAGUUUGAACUGAUUAGGAUAUUAAAUCUACAUAUAGUUUGGUUUGUUGCAACUAUCAGCUAACAUUUAGUUGAACCAAUAAUUUUCAAAUUAUUAUUGCCACUAUUGUUAAUGUGUUCCCACUUUACUUUCAUUUAAUUGGAUCUUGUAUGACUGUAGAUAAUAAGACUGCUGACUAAAUGUAGAACACUGUUGUUUCUGAAUGUUUUUUUUUUUUCAAAUACUUUGCACUGAAGAGAAAAUAUGUAGAAUGUGUUGCUUUACUUGCUUUUAGGAAUGUAGAUUAUAAUUUAGGAAAUGGCUUAUAUUCUACAAAUGGUAUGAACAAUGCUAUAUAUAUAUAUAAAAUGUGUACAUUUGCUUUCAGUAUGUGUGUUACAUGACUAAAGAGCAAAGUAGAGCUAAAAUGAUAGGCUAACCCCAUUCAUAAUCAGUAAUGUCACAUCAUAAUUGUCAUUGUUGUAAAAAGAACAGCUUUAUUUGAAUGCUUUGAUGGAAUACAACAUUUAAGUCACCAUAUGGUAAAAAACUAUCUGAAAUUUCAAAGUCCAAAGUUUAAAAUAACAAAAUUUUAAAAAGGUUGCCAAAAUGUAUGAAUUGAAGGUAUUUGAUUCUAGCCAAGCUCUGGAGUCUGUCCAAGCAUGAUAUUUAAAUUUAAACAUGAAAUUGUGGGUAUAUACUUUCCUAACUGGAUAACUUCAGAAACAACACAAGCUUUAAGCAGGAGAGACAGAUUAGCUGGCCAGGAGGUCUCAGCCUUGAAGUAAAUAUUGUAUAUCUUUUUCCUUCUGAACUAUCUCAUGGAAAUGAAUGCAUUCUCACUGAGCAUGUACAUUAAAAUUGGGAUUUUCUAGAGCUUUGGAGAAUCUUGCCCACCAAAUGUAUACUGGCUAUGAUAGUAUUGCAAUAGAAAUAAACAAACAAUAGGUAAAAAAAAAAAAAGGUGGCAGAGAAAACACUUCUGUGAGGGACAAACUUAUUAUCUUAAACACAGGGAAUAAACUUACUGUGGGCAAGUUGCUUAUUUGUGUUUGUUACUAUGAUACACAGAUAGUGAACAUAUUUUCUUUUCCUACCAACCACUAAAAUUAAGGUCAAGUUUUAGGAAGUAAGAAAAAGAACCCCUUUUUUUACUGAUUCAGUUCCUCCUAGGAUGUUACAUCUUAGUAUCAUAUGAGAAGUGGGAAAGGAAUAUAGCAGAAUUUCUUUUAAAGAAAAAAACUUGAAAAUAAAAUAUGUUCAAAUAAAGAUCACUUAACUCUGGAGAGGAUAAAGCUAUCAAGAUAGUUUAAUAAAUCUUCGUUGAGUUUUUUAUUGAAAGACUCAAAGUAAGGAGUAAUAUGGCAAUAUUACUCUCCAGUAAGGAUAGUAUAAAAGGGAAUAAGGAUCUUUCCAUAAAAAAAUAAAAUUUUAAAUAUUAAGGGUAUAUACUAAAUUACUUUUUAAGUUUCCUUCCAAUAUGUUUUAUUUUUAACCCAAGUUGGAAAAGGUGAUGGUGUCCAGAGCACUUAAAAUACCAUUGAGUGUCACUCCAUAUCUAGAUGCUUCUAGCUCAAAGAUAGUUUUUGUGCUUGUUGAGUAAGUUGUAUAUGCAUGAGUUCAUAUGUUCAUGAGAUGAACAUAAUUUUGUUCAUCUUAAAGAAUGUAUAGUAUUAUAGGAUACUGAAGGAUUUUGUUUAAAUAUAAAGUAUUGUUAUUUGGAAAUAACUUCCAAACAGAGGUUCUAAGACAUUAACUACUUAGACUUCCUAUUCCUUAAGCAGGUUCCCUUGGAAUUGAUGCAAUAAAGGUGUUAGGUGGAGUUUAAUGAAGAAAUUGUUCUAUAAGCUGCUGCUAGUGGUAUUUCUUUCAGAUGUUUUCCAUUGAUAUCUGUGAUGCUUGAAAAAUACUAACUCUACUUGGAUAACUUUAAUUUAUGCCUUUUUCUCUCUACCUCCCUCUUUCCGUAGGUACCCCCCCCAUCCACACACAUUUUGUUACUGUGAAAACUUUUGCCCUGUUACCUCACUAAUAAGAAAUCUUAACUGGAUUCAUUCAGAAUGCUUUAAACUUCUUUGUAAACUAUAUUUGUUUAUGGGCUCUUGGUUAUUUUGUUAUUAUUGUUAAAAUAUGUAAGCCACUGUAGGAAAUAAUUUUAAAUCUAUUUCCUAGUCUUUUUUUGGUCUGUCUUAGAUAUUAUUGUAUGUAAAUUUAUUGUGGCCUUUCAUAAUCCACUUGUUUUCAGAGAUUGCUCUAGAAAUUGAUGAGGAAUGCAUCACACUAAUCAAAAUGAGUGGCAAAUAGAUUUAGCAUUUUAUUUCCAGUUUCCUUCUACUCUGGGCAUUCAAAGCACAUGAUUUAAGGAUAUCUUUAUUCCAUAUUUUUCCCUCAAACCAUAUUACAAUAAGCCACAAGAAGUCUUAAGGUAGAAAAGAGAAUUUUUCAUUGUCUGACUAUACACUGAAUGACUAAAUCUAGUUGGAAACCACGCUGGUAUUUACCAUUGUUUACUUUAAAAUAUUCACCAUCCUGUUACAUUAUUUAAGUCUUUUCUUUCUGUUGUUAUAAGUCUAUGAACUUAAAAAAGAAAACAUACAGAAUAAGUAGAGUAACCAAGAUAAGUGCAAAAUUAUAUAUCUGGAACUUGCUUCUCAAAUUUUUCUACCCAACAUGCCCUAAACGCAGAGGAGCAUGAAAGUGCUGGGAAAGGCCCUGAGAAUAAAAUCAGAAGCAGCCGACUACUAACAUAAAAUUUCAUGCCCUGUCUUAAAAAUGUAAAUGAAUUUUGCAUCCUCCAUAAUAAAAGUGCUUCAUGCAGAAAUUAUUCCUAAUCUUUACCAAAACUGGUGCUAUCAGAAAGGAGCACAUGUUUGUAAUGUGGCUUCUCAAUUUUAUCCCCAACCCCCCCUCCUCACAUUUCCUGCAUAUCCUUGGGGUUACAUACACUGACUCUAGCAUGAGACAUAUAAACAUAGAACAUAUCUAGGAUAUUCCCUGCCUUAUAGAAACUGACCUUUAAAAGUGUUGUCAACUUUAACUGUACUGAAACAGUUAUAUUACCACUGAACCUUGUAAUUUAUUGUCAGGCCUGUUCUCUAAUUAAGAAGGAACACCCAACUCUCAGCCUUCUAGAAGACAGGGGCCAUCAUUUCUUAGUGUUCAUAGCCACACCUAGUAUAGUAUCUGGCAUAGGAUGCUUAAUUGGUGACAACAGGAAUUAAGGGAUUUUAUUUUAAAGGAGCAAGUAGUUUAAGAAACAGCCAAAACCAUUCAUUUUUAAUUCAGCUUUCAAAGUCUGUCUCAUUCCUGAAAUGUAUAGUAAGUAAGGGGUAUUAACCACACACACCCUUAACUACUCAGUUUCUUUGGGGAGAGGAGAGUAUGUUCCUGUUUGGAAGUUGUAUGUAACACCUGGUUUUUUACAUUCACAGCAAGGUGUUGACCAAGAAGGCUAAGAAAAUAUCUGUACAGACUUAAUGUUGCUAGUGUGAGUGCCAUUUUGAGCCUACAAGUGUUGCCUUCCAAGUGAGUCCCAACUAAUUUGAUUUGAUUUGAUAUAUUUUUGUCCAGUGUUAUGACUCAUCACAUAUCUUACAAGAGCCAGUUGACCAAGAGUCUGCAUCCAUAUACAGUGAGGCCUUGUGGUAAUAGACUAAAAUAAAAAUCUUUGUGUACGUCACUGAGUGUGCUCAACAGAAUACAUGCAAUUAAGGAUAAAUUGUUUUUCUGACUAUAGCCGUAAUUCAAAACUGUGCCCUUGUUUCAACAGUUUCUGUCAACAUCUUUUCAUUUUUCCCCUACAAAAACACCAGGGUGUAUUAUAGUACUGCCUGUGAGAAUUUGCACUUUAAGUAUUUGUGUGUGGAUUUCUUGUGGUUUUAGCCAAUGAAGUGUUAUCAGUAAUAAACAGGUCUCUUCAUAAAUAUGAUUGUCUGCAUAAUUUUUAUUAUCUUAGGUCCUAUGCAGUACAUAAAGUUUGCUAUCCACAGUGAACAUGUUCUGGAAAUAUAUAUGCCAGGAAUAAAGUAGAUUCUCAAAGAAGAGCCUAAAUAAAGAUUUACUCAGUAAAUA